GGUGCUGGCUGCCAUGGCCUACGGGAUCUGCCACUGCUACUAUAAGCUCGAGCAGGAAGGAGCCACCAACAAUAAUAAUGUUGGUUUCACCACCGCCGUGGGCUACAUCACCGUCAAGCAGAUGUGGCUUGUCGCCUUGAUCAUCCUCUGUGUGGUGGAAGUCACCGUGAUGCUCUCCGUCGUGGCCCUCCGAAAGCGGAUCAUGUUGGCCAUUGCUCUCAUUGAGGAAGCCAGCAGAGCCAUUGAUUGCAUCGAUAGUACUGUGUUCUACCCAUUGUUUACCAUCUGCUUGCUGGCGGUAGGCGUGACCUACUGGGGUUUCACCGCUCUAUGUCUGGCCACCAUUGGAGAGCCCCUCUAUCGCAUUGUUCCCAAAACUGAUAAUUCCUCAGACUGCAUAGGGAUCUCUGGGAAGGAGAGCUGCAGCCCAAUGACAUUCAACGCCUCCACCUACUCGCCCUGCCUGGUGGAUUGCAUCUUCUACAAAUACAAUGACGAAGGGCCAUUCCAGCGCUACAUCUUCUACCUUCAGAUCUACAACUUUGUGGGCCUCCUCUGGUGGAGUAACUUUGUCAUUGCCCUGGGGCAGUGUGUGCUGGCGGGGACCUUUGCCUCGUACUACUGGGCCCUCAGGAAACCCGAGGAUAUCCCGACCUGUUCUUUGUGCAGAUCCUUCGUCCGGACGUUACGAUUCCAUAUAGGAUCUCUUGCUUUUGGUUCCCUUGUCCUUGCGAUUGUCCAGCUGAUCCGCACCGUGCUGCAAUAUUUGGGCCACAGUUCAAAAGGCAACAACAAGGCUUCCGGGUGCCUGCUUUGCUGCCUGAAGUGCUACUUUCGGUGUCUGGAGACGUUCACCAAGUUCCUCAACAGAAACGCCUACAUCAUGAUUGCCAUUUAUGGAGAAAAUUUCUGUGUGUCGGCCAAACGUGCCUUCUCGCUACUGAUGCGUCAUGCUUCCAGUGUUGUGGUCCUGGAUAAAGUCACAGACCUGCUGCUGUUUUUUGGGAAGCUCUUGGUAGUCGGCGGAGUUGGCAUACCGGCCUUCUUGCUUUUCACUGGGCGAAUUGUCCUCGAUCGCCCCGAGUUCAAAUGCCCCGUCCUCAACUACUAUUGGCUGCCCAUUCUGACUAUUGUGGUAGGCGCCUACUUCGUAGCCCAAGGUUUCUUCAGCGUCUACAGUAUCUGUGUUGACACUCUGUUCCUCUGUUUCUUGGAAGACCUGGAGCGGAAUGACGGCUCCCCGAUGAAGCCGUAUUACAUGUCCAGUUCUCUCAUGGAUAUCCUCAAAAAGAAGAACAUGAAUGUCGAGGCCAAGUAGAAGAAAAUUUGGUGUUACUGGUUCACAUCGUCUCUUGGUGCAGUAUAUCGCUUCCUGGCUUUUAGGCCCCAGGUCUAUCUCAGGAGCACCUUAACAUAUCCCUUCCCCUGCUUUGCUUACCAGUGCAUUUUGAAC